CAUUCUCAUUCUCAUUGCCAUGGACACUUGUACAACUUUGGUCAUUACAUUACUAGCCAUUACAGUUAUAACAGUUAAAUGUCAAAUCACCACUCCAUGCACUUUGUCCAUGAUCACAGGAUUUACUCCAUGUGUUAAUUAUUUAACAGGAAGUAGUGCAAAUGGGCGAUCACCAAGUGCGAGUUGUUGUGAUGCAAUGGAAUCACUAAUGACUACAAGUAUGGAUUGUACUUGUCUUAUAGUUACGGGAAAUGUUCCCUUUUCAUUACCGAAUCCAAUCAACCAAGGAUUAGCUAUUUCUCUCCCACAAGCAUGUAAUUCUGAGAGCAUGGCGUUACAGUGUAAAGCUUCUGGUGUUUCCUUGCCACCUCAAGGCCCAAUGUUAUUUGCUCCUCCUCCGCCUAAAGCCAUUGCACCUAUCGCGGAUUCUCCGGAAUAUCCACCGAGUCCAAGUGUUUUAGGAAUGAUUGCCAUGACACCAACAGAAACGACUAUGGAGGUAUCUAUAAAUACGCUAGAGGCAUCUGCACCUACACCGGUUACUCGUCUGGGCCCUAGAGUAACACCAAAGAUCAGACCAUUGGUUUCUACAGCUUUGGCAUCGAACCCGUUGUCCAUCUCAUCGACUAUUGUUUUACUAGUGAUACUAGCAAACUACUAUUUUUGAAUUUUGUUAAAAAAAAUUGUAUGUGUAAUGUGUGCCUUGAAGACAUAGUUUUCAUACAUUGUGACAUUGUGACAUUUAACUUUUAUUUUUGGUCUAAUUAUGAAAAAAAAAAAAGCCCAAAAAUAAUGGAAAGAAAAGUCAGAGUUUGUGAAUUUGGUGAUUCCAAAACA